AUGGUUUUCGUCGUGUGUACCUUGCAACGCCUACAACCUGGGCACCGUUGGAGCGUCAGCGGAGCGCCCGCGGGCGUGGUUGCUCCGAAGCGUCGGCGCUGUUCGUGUUACGCUAGUACAGCGGCGAGCGGCAGCAGUGACGACGGUGUUGAUGAGGAGCGUCGUUUUGGGCAACCUCCUGAGCAGCACGCAGCAACGCCCAAUGGGAGUCCUCACGGAAACGCACAACCGGCUCGACCUGCGCCUGCAGUUGUUCGCGUGCAGCUGAUGGUGCUGUUGGAGACCACGGCAGCGUGGCUUGCUGCCCGACGACGAGGCGCUCCGCGCGCCUCUGCUCGCGAGUUGGAACGCGUCCAACGCUUGCCGUCUUUCUUCCGUGAUACUAAGGGAGAGUCCAGUCGCAGCGCUCCGGCGAACGCUGCUGUCGCCGCUGCGCCCAGCGCCGCUGGAGCCAGCAGCGCCCAGCCGUCGACCACAGGCCCCGAAAACUGGACGAUACGCGCGCCGGUCUAUCGAGUUGUGCUCUUCCGAGCACAGACGCUCGAGCAGGGCCACUCCACGGAGCACGUUGUGCGCGCUCUCGUAAGCCAUGUCCCGCAAAUGGGCUUUGGCACGGCCGUGGCGACCGCUCGAAUACUGGAGCGGUGCGGACGAGCCGAGGUGCUCAUGCCGAGUGAGCGGCUCGCCGAGUGCUGCUGUGGACGUCUGCUAGCAGAGGGCAUCAUGGCCAGCGUGGAGCCUGUAUCCUAA